GUAACCAUGUAAACAUGUACCGGUAUGAUAGUGAGAGUGAUCGAAUGUGAUUUUGGGCUAAGAUUGUAAAGAUGGGUCAAUAAAGCCUGUAGGUUUCAGAAAGGUAGCCCAUACCUACAGCACAUCUGACAUACCACUAGUCCCACAUAGACUACAAGGCAUCAGAGAUGUUUCUGUGUGCCCACUUUUCACGUGCCGUGGUGAGUCAGCUUCAGGCAAGAUGUCAUACAACAGCGCCACCCAUCAUGACAAUAAGAGAAGCUCGAAAUAUUCUCCUGAAGAUGGUAGGAACAUCAACAGAUUAUGGGCCCAAUUGUAUGCCCAGUGUGUCGCGAGUGCGGAAGUCCCAGGAUGAGCUGGCGGACCGAGGGAUGAAGGACAGCUACUGGGAGGCCAUCAUCCCCCCUGGAACGGAUCUGACAGUGAGGGAACGUUAUAUCACUUUCCAGAAGGGUAUUCGCUUCGGGCGGAUAAUGGAGGAUCUCGAUACUCUGGCAGGAUGUAUAUGCUACACGCACUACAGUGACCCUUACGUUGACCCUGAGGACCAUGCCCCAGUAGGAAUUGUCACAGCUCUCGUAGACAGGAUAGAGCUACACAACCAUGUGGUGUCCCCUUACCAUGACAUCAAGAUGACCGGUCACCUGACAUGGGCUGGAACGUCUUCUAUGGAGGCCACUAUGAACCUCGAGCAGGAAAUAAACGACACAUGGCAGAAGAUACUCAGUGCCAGUUUCAUAAUGGUUGCAAGAGACCCAGUCACAAACAGGGCUGCUGUUGUCAACCGCCUUGUUCCAAAUGGCCCGGAGGAGGAGGCUUUGUUCAGGAAGGGAGAAGCUAGCAAGGUGCUUCGUCAAGAGGAGGCCAAGAAGAUCUUGCUGAAGACACCACCCAGUGAGGAAGAGAGUCUUAUUGUUCAUGACUUGUUUCUACAAACUAUUGACACUAAGGGAGGGACUUUCAAAGUUCGUGUCAAGCCCCCUGGUAGUGUCUGGAUGGAGAAAUCUUUGCUGAAAAACAUGAUUAUGUGCCAUCCUGAGCAAAGGAACAUCCACCACAAGAUAUUUGGUGGUUUCCUGAUGAGACAGGCGAUGGAGGUGGCGUGGACUACUGCAGCACUGUACAGCUGCAAGCGCCCAGUGCUGAAGGUUGUCGAUGAUAUUGUGUUCAAGAAACCAGUGGAGAUUGGCUCACUUCUCCUGCUGUCUUCCCAGGUGGUGUACACUCACAAGUCCCUGAUGCAGAUUAAAGUUCAUGCUGAGGUUUUAGAUGUUGACACUGGAGUAAGGGAGACAACGAAUGACUUUCAUUUCACCUUUGACUCCCAGGAUGAAAACCUGCCAAGAGUGAUACCAAAAUCCUAUGCUGAGUUCAUGCUUUAUCUUGAUGGGAAAAGACAUUUUGAAAGCUGAUGAAACAGAUUGACUUGAAAUGACAGCUCCCAGACUAAUGGUACUGUGAGCCGUGGAACAUCAAGGAUUUGCUUAAAUUUCACUGUAUGGUCACCAUGAACUGUGGAGAACUCCCUCAAUGCCUUCGUUCUUUGUUAAAUCUGUUUUCUGAAGCUGGACCUGAAACAGAUGAAGAUUUUCAUUAUGCUUUAAACAGUUUAUCUGUGUCCACUGCUAAGUUCAACCACAGACAAGAGUCUCUAACUUUCCACAUUGCAUGGUAAACAUGCAUUCAACCACAAUUCAACUAUAUGAUGCUAUGUAAUAUGUAUUUUAUAAAGGUAAACAAUCAUGUGUUUUGAUAAAGAAAACAAUUGUGUUACAUGUGUAAUCUGUCUAUUCAUAGUGAUCAGAAAUAUUUGUUUGCAAAUCUUUUACUGAUAUCAAAAUAUUUGCAAAACAUGGACUAUAGAAUUGAAGUAUUAUUGAUUGUAUAUGUCUAGUGAGAAACCCUCUCUUAAUGCAGUAACUAUGGAAACAGUCUCUAAAGGGAAACAACUCUCAAAAACUCACUGAUCUAGCCAGUGCCAUUUUAGAUUUCCAACAUAUUCACCGGAUGCCGGUUACUGUCAGUGACUCAACAAACUGGAUUUCGGACCAGUUACUGAGAAUCUCGUCAAUAAUAUAAGGGGAAUCUCUGUUAAUGCUUGCAGAUAAUGCUGACUGAAAUCUUUCACCUUACAUGUUCGUAUGUGGGUGUAAAUGUCUAAAUGUGCAAUUAUGUUCUUCAGUAUGCAGCUGUUAUAUGUACAUAUUAUGUUUGCAUAGUACAAUGAUAAAUUCCAGUUAUGAUGCUCAAACAGCACCAACCCUUACUUUGGAGGCAAAUUGCAUAUAACUACAGUAACAUAUUUUUUUAUAAAAAAAACCCCACCCAGAUAGUAAAUUGUAGAUUUUGACGCAAACACUGUCCCGAUUGGGUUCUAAUUCUUGUAUGAGUUAGGAUAUGCAGUGUCCUGUAUUAUGAUGGGAAGGCACCAUGAUUUCAUAGCUGCAGGGUCCAUACAGUGUCCACACAGGGUCCAUACAGUGUCCACACAGGGUCCAUAGUGACCACACAGGGUCCAUACAGUGUCCACACAAGGUCCACACAGGGUCCAUACAGUGUGCACACAGUGUCCACACAGGGUCCACACAGGGUCCACAUGAUGUCAUCAUUAUAGGCUCAGUGAAUGAUGCAGUUUAACAUGAUGCACUUCAUUACUUUGAAAGGAUCCAUUUUUCCAGUUUGGUCUAAUAGCAACAUAUCGGAAUCAUCAGCAUUAUUAUAGAUAUAAUACUUUAGGACAAGGCUGAAAUCUGCUGAAGACAAGAUCUAUUCAAGGCCUAGUCUCUUUAAC